AUGGAAAGGGCUAUGAAGAGUCAAUUUCAGUAUCUAUUGAAAGCCCCGACUGUCAUUUUCUCAGGAACAAUAAUCCACCAGAUGUUGAUCAGGAAAAGCAGCUCCAAUUCGAAGGGAAUAAGUUUCUUAGUCAAUGGUCAACAGCUUUACUGGGGCAUGAAGGAAUAUGCCGGCCUAAAUUUUGGAAGAUUUCCUGUGAUUGAAAACUGGCACGCUGAAGUAUGUCCACCCCUAGUCCAUAAAUACUUUGGUGGCAAAACAGUUGUUAAAGUGACAGAAGUUCAAAGUGUUUUCCUCAACUGCUCUGAGAAGGAGGAUGCAUGGAAGCUUGGGCUCAUCAACCUUAUCUACCAGUGUCUCUUUGGAUCUGAUAAUAGGAAGAGGGUAUGUUUGAAGAUCUUCAGCAUGGUGGAGGAUAUGGAAAUGUUCCUUCAAUUUCCAUGGGGAAAGGUGUCAUUCAAUUUAACUUUGAAGGGUAUUCACAAGGACAUGAAACAUCUCCGGCAGCUAUAUGUGGAGAAGAAGGAAACUUGCAAGGGGAACUGUGAUGUUGCUUAUACUAUUAGUGGCUUCGCCAUAACCUUCCAAGUUUGGACAUUUUUGGUUAUGAAGACAUUUGUCCCCAAAUUUGCGGAUAUGAUCGAGGAAAAACAUACAUGCCCAAGGAUAUUACUUUUUACAGCCUCCAGAAGCAACACCAACACUAGCCAAGAGGUAUCCAAUGCCCUUUUCAAAUGCAAUGUCUUUAACAAGAUUCAUGAGUCUGAGGAAGAGAAGAGGAACUACUGUGGGGAUGACUUUGAAGAAAUGGGAGAUUACAUUUAUGAUGAUUUAUUUGAGGUGGAUGGUAGGAAGAGAAAGAAUGAAGAUGGUACUCCCAAACAAACGCCCAAGAGGAGAACAAUUAAAAGGACAGCAAUUAAGAGGAUCGAGUCUUGUGAUGAAUCUAGCGAAGACAGCUCUCGGUCUACUACUCGUGAAUCAACCCAUGUCCCUUCAGCAACGAGUCCUCAAAAGAAAGAAGACAGUUCUCCUACUAGGCAAGACAAGUUUGACAAUCCGGUGACUAAAGCCCAGAAUGAUGACAAGUUUGAUGAGCUUACAAAGGAAGUGAAGGAGUUGACAAGGGAUGUGAAGGAGCUGAAAACUGAAAUGAAGGUAAUGAAAGAGGAUCAACGGGUUAUGUUCAAACACAUAAUCCAAUUAUUGGGUGAAAUAAAACAACAAAAGAAUGAUGUUUCUGCUGCUGAUGAUUUAGUGGAGAAGGAUUUGGAAAUCAACAACGAUGUUGCUGAUGAGAAUGAUGAUGUUGAUGAUCUGCCGAAUGAAAAAGAAGAUGCUGCUGAUAUGAAUGAUGUUGGGUUGGAGGAGUUGAUGGGUUGGAGAUGA